AUGGCAUUAGCACUGGAAUGGGCGCUGCCCGCACCGCCGCCGUCCGACCGACCCCGCCUCCUCGUCCUCUCGGAGCAGGCCAUGAUCAACAAGCGCCUGCCCCCCAUCCUGCCGUACACGCGCUUCGAGCUGUCGCCGAGCGCGUCGGCGGGCGUCCUUGCCCCGUUGAAGAGAGUGACCAAGGUCCACGAGCACUACCGCGCAGCGUACGACCCGCUCCUCGGUGCCGCGCACCAGGACCUCGUGCUCUUCCGCCAGCGCGCCUGGCGUGACAAGUACGACUGGGCGGGUAACGGCACGGGCAGGGGCACCGCAGACCUCGUCCAGCGCGCCGUCGACCGUGGGGGGAAGAGCGUGCCUUCCCUCCUCGUCCUUGAGCGCCGCUCUCGCACAGCGCGCACCCUCAAGCGUCUCGGAAUCCACCCUGCCAGCGUCGCCCGUCCGUCCCCAUUACGGAGCGUCUUCGCGUACGAGGAAGAAGGGCCCGAACAAGCCGCGGCGGUCACGCCAGUCGCACCGUCGCAUGUCGCUCAUCCCAUGACACCGCCGCCACCCGCGAACCCGAACAGCCCCGACCCGAUCGUCUUCGUGGGCGCCUUCUUCGAGCUGUGCGACCGCACGCUUCGGCCAAGCCGUGCGCCAAGACGGCACACGCGACAGCGGUCCAACAUCUGGCCCGGGUCGGUGGGAACAGCUGCAGCACACCCAAAGAGGGCGAAGACGACGGCAGCCCCCAAAAACGGCCGAUCUCGCGCCGUGCCAACCGUGACCGCGACCGCGACCGCGACCGCUGCUGCACUAGAAGACGUGCUCGAUCGCGGCCCGAUGCGCAAAUCAUCACAGCUCGGACGCCAGCUCAAUCUCCUUAGCGAGCAGCUGGUGGAUCUGGCAAGGAGCCGGCGGAACCGCGUGUCGACGCGCCGGUUCCCACCGCCGCUUGCGGCGGCGCAGCGCGUUCCUGUCGUGUAG